AUGGCGAACCUCGAGCCGGUGGAGAAGACCGCGGUCGUGUCGGACUCGACCGGCGCCGAUGCGGUGCCAGCAAUUCGGGCGCGGCCGACUCGCUCCAGUUCGGCGCAGCUCGCCUUGGAGCCCACCGCGCUCUUAAAUCGCCUCGAGACCAUGCUCCUCGGCAACCAUCCCGUCCCCGCACCCUCCAACGAGGUCAGCAUCGUCGGCGAGGUCACCAACGGCAUCAUCAUCGCCGCGAAAGCUGCCGUAAACACGCUCUUUUUGUCGCAGCGGCGCGGCGCGCUGAUGGCUCUCCAGAUAAAGAACCUGAAGAAGGCUGCGCUGGCGUACCUUGAGUUGGGCAAGUGCAAGCGGCGGCAGGCGGGCGCAGAGGCGCUUCUCGCUGUCGUUCCAGAAACGUUGCAGGACGUGCCGACGCCAGAGGAGCCCGCGGUCGAGGAGGCGCCGGCGGUCGAGGACCUGCCUGCCAGCGACUCCCGUCCCGACGACGCGUCUUCGGACAGCGAUCGGGAAAGCGUCUUCGAACGUCGGGUGACCCGUCGGAUGAUCGACGCCGGCCUGAACGAGGCGCAAUUCGAUGAUAUGCGGGACGUUUACGGGAUUCAGCUCGCCCACGAGGACAAGUGUGCCAUUCUUUUGGAUCGGGCAGCCCGCUUCGAGAAACUGUAUUACAGCUGCAAGGCGAAGCUCCUCCCGUACCUCGAGCGCGACUGGGAGACUGGGUGCCACUGGAGCCGCAGGCCCUCCAGCGGCUCCGCCUUGUAG